AUGCACCUCGACGGGGGCUGCCUCUGCGGCGAUGAGGACUUCAGGGUCAUUCAGGGGGAGCCAAAAAUCUACCACUCGACAGCAGAGGGGGUGAGGAGGUUCUGCGGCCGGUGUGGGACGCAGCUGGUGUUUCAAACAGUGGGCAGUCCUGUUUUGGACGUGACCAUCGCCAGCCUGGACACGCCAGAUGUCCUGCAGCCGGAGGCCCACAUCUGGAUUGAGAGCAAGCGGUCCUACAUUGGCACCCAAGACCUGCCCAGCUUCCACAAAAAGCGCCCUGCUGACUGA